UUGUAUGAUUUUUGUUAAACUUUUAUCCACCAUUUAAGCUGCAUUUACAACAUGUCUAUGUUAUUAUUUAGAUGGCUGAAGACCGUACAUCUCCGAUUGACAGAGCUCUUGUGGAAGCCGAGGAUGCGGCUAAUAAUUCACGCGUGAGCUUGGACCAGCCUCCACCAGUCUACACUACAUUGACCCCUGUACAAAGAUCUCAAGAACCCCAACCAUCAACAUCUUUAGGGGUGCCAAGAGUCCUUCCACAAUGGAUGCGAGCUCACCCUGAACCAUCAACCUCAACAGGAAGAACUAGGAUGCGACGGUCUGCUGCUCGGUGUGUAUCAUGCCAAGUUGAAGCCGAUCGUCAACAAAUUCGAGAGUUUAGGCUGGCCGACUUUUUACAAAGAUGGAGUGGUAGCCGACCGGAAGGUUACGAUCUAAUUGACAUCUUGACAGUAGUACAGACUAUGGAUCUUUCUACAAAGCUGUCGUCUUGCGAGGUGCUCUCUUCCCCUUUGAAAGUCCCCAUCAAAGAUCUGACCGAGCCGGCGAAAAUUCAAUCUGCUAGACGAAUCAACACGAGAUUUGGAACCAUGGUGAUUGUACUACACAUCACCACAUCUGCCGGCGAGGAGAGGACACUCGGACAGUCCCAAACCCUGUCCUAA